GACGUCUCUGACCACCCCGGGACAUCCAUGAUGCAGUCUCUCACCCGCCUGGCGCGGCCACUGCUCAGCAAGCCCCUCUCCUCUGCCAGGACAUUCACCACCCUCUCGCCGCUCCGCCCGUCACUCACACCUCUCCGCCGCCCUACCGCCCUCACGAGCUUCACCCCCGCGCCCACGCUCGCCACCCCAACAACCGGCGCCGCGACCGCCGACCUGGUCCCCGCCGGCGCCGUCUCGUCGCACCCGGCGCUGGGCGGCGCGCUGCAGAUGCGCUUCGGCCCGCGCAACACGAUGAACGGACAUACACGCCUGGUGCAGAAGCGGCGGCACGGCUUUCUCUACCGCAUGAAGAGCAAGACGGGGCGGAGAAUUCUGCUGCGGAGGCGUCUCAAGGGGAGGAGGAAUGUGGGGUGGUGAUGGGGCCGGCUUCGGACUCGAAGAAUACAACGACAGGACGAAGAGGAUGCGCAUGUAUAGCGUUUAGAUGCGGGUUACGGCGGCCUCCGUGCUGGCCUUGUACAUUAUGUAGCAACAAGAGAUCAAACCGAUUCUCAUGAUACCACCAAACGCCUGUUACUGUGGGCUAGAACAACAGGCCAUGUUGGACUACAAGCGCGAGGGCCAGGGAACGUCGCACUGAGGUCUGAAAUGUUUCGCAGUCCUUUUUGCGGACGCAGUACCAUCACGGUGUCACCUUUCAGCAGUCCGCAUCUUCGCUGCGUCGAGGCCUCGGAGUAUGCCAACGAAC